AUGGCCAGGCAGAACUUUAUAGGCCUUGUGGUUUCACAAGGUAAGAUGGAUAAAACUGUCAAAGUACGCGUAGAGCAAAUGGCGUAUAACACAAAGAUUCACAAGUCUUUGUUCAAGAGGAAAAACUAUCUUGUUCAUGAUGAGGGUAACAUUUGUAAAGAGGGAGAUAUUGUCAGAAUUGAAGCCACAAGACCCUUGAGUUCCAGAAAGCAUUUUGCUGUAGCAGAAAUAAAAAAGAAUAAGGGUCAGCAAUUUGCGAAAUACGAAGAAGAAGCUACCUUGAAGAUUCAGAAAGAAGAGAGAGAAAAGACCAAUAGCUUUCUUCAACGAAGAGAGGAUAAAAUCAACCAGAAAAGCAGCAUAGUACAGGAUUUGAAGGACAUCGAAAAGCUGUGCCAUGGUUCAUCUGAACUUACCGCUGAAGAAGUCACAAGAAUAACACAAUUAAAGGAAAAAUAUGGUGUUACCACAUGGCCUCCAAACAAACCGAUUGUUGACCUGGACAUUAGAUACCUGGCACAGAAAAUUACUGACUUGCGAGUGAAGAUCAGUAGGGAUGACAAACUUGUUGAGCUGUUUGAUGGUACCAAAGCUAAUGAAGAAAAAGUUAACCGUAUACUCGCCAAACUGAACAAAGAUCCAACUUCCAAGAGAAGUAUAAAGAAGAACUUAGUGAGGAAGUUUUUGAGUGAUUCCUCCAUUGAAGAUAAAGCAGAGGUAGGACUAUAA